AUGUCAAGACUUGGUUCCUUAAACUUAAACCUAAUCGACAUCAAUUUUCUGUAUGCUCGCAUAUGUAACUGUAUGUUACGGAAACUUACUUUAGUUACACUUCUUUUCAGGUUACUGGGUUAUGAAGGACUGGAAGUAAUUAAUCCAGAGGGAGGCACAGAAGAUGCAGAGGCUGAAGCUCAGAGGGGAAGAUGGAAGCAGGAGGAACGAGAUGGUUAUUGGAAGAUGAUGCAGAAGUAUAUUGGAUCAGAUGUGACAUCAAUGGUUACUCUUCCUGUCAUCAUUUUUGAGCCAAUGACAAUGCUUCAGAAAAUGGCUGAGUUAAUGGAAUAUUGCCACUUGUUAGACCUGGCAGACGAAUGUGAGGACCCCUACAUGCAAUUGGUCUAUGCUUCUUCAUGGGCAAUAUCUGUGUAUUAUGCUUACCAAAGAACAUGGAAGCCAUUCAAUCCUAUCCUUGGGGAAACUUAUGAGAUGGUUAAUCACAAUGGAAUUACAUUCAUUGCGGAGCAGGUUAGUCAUCAUCCUCCAAUGAGCGCGGGCCAUGCAGAGAAUGAGCAUUUUACUUAUGAUGUCACUUCCAAACUAAAAACUAAGUUCUUGGGGAAUUCAGUAGAAGUUUAUCCUGUGGGAAGGACAAGGGUUACCCUUAAAAAGUCUGGUGUUGUCUUGGACUUGGUGCCUCCUCCAACCAAAGUUAACAACCUGAUAUUUGGACGCACCUGGGUUGACUCGCCAGGGGAGAUGAUCAUGACAAACUUAACAACUGGGGAUAAAGUUGUGUUAUAUUUUCAACCAUGUGGCUGGUUCGGUGCUGGAAGAUAUGAAGUGGAUGGAUAUGUAUAUGAUGCGGGAGAAGAACCUAAAAUACUGAUGACAGGGAAAUGGAAUGAAUCCAUGAGCUGCCAACCAUGUGACAAGGAAGGAGAGCCCCUUCCUGGCACAGCACUAAAAGAGGUUUGGAGAGUUGUGGCCACGCCUGAGAAUGAUAAAUUCCAGUACACAUACUUUGCCCAUAAAAUAAACAGCUUUGAUACAGCACCCAAGAAAUUAUUGGCAUCAGAUUCCCGAUUAAGGCCUGAUAGAUAUGCACUUGAGAAAGGUGACUUGUCGAAAGCUGGAGCAGAAAAGAGCAAUUUGGAGGAACGACAAAGAGAAGAAAAAAGAAGCAGAGAGGCAAAGGGGCACCAAUUUACACCAAGAUGGUUCAAUAUGUCCGACGAAAUCACACCCACACCUUGGGGUGACCUAGAGGUCUACGAGUAUAAUGGCAAAUACACCGAACACAGGGCAAACAUUGAUAGCUUGAACUCUACAGAGGAAGUGAACAUUGAAUCCAUUGAGUUCAACCCCUGGCAGUAUGGUAAUUAAACCGCUGAGUGAGGUAUGUGCUGUUUUUGCUCUUCCUGUCUUCCCCGUUUCCUGGAAAGAAUCCAAAACAGUAGAAAUUUCUGUUUGUGACAGCAAUUUCGGUAAAGCGAAACUUACGAGCUUCACAGUGUAGUUCUGCUCGAGAAAGAACUUCUCUAUUGAUUAAUUAUCUCAAAAAUGUUACUUGUUUCUGAGAUUUCGAUUUUCUCAGAAUCGUAUUUCAUUGAAGUUAUGCUGGUACCUUCAUUCCACUUGGAGGAUAAAUUUGCAGCUUAUUGUGUUCAAAUAUGUACAGUUAGCUUGUAUUCAAUAAUUAAACCUUGUACACCAGUAUUUGUUAUUUGCAACAUUAAGACUUCUUUGAUUAUUU